UUCUGAGACAAUGGAGGCAUCUCAAGUCCUAUGGAUUUCACUGAUCAUCAAAGUGUUACUUGUGAGCAGAACUCAGGGAAACUAUGUUAAACAAGUGGAAAUGGAACAUACACACCAAUACAUGUCCUGCUAGACUACUGAACCCUGUUCGAGUGAGUAAAGAAUCAACUGCUACACUAGUAAUCCAUAAUGUAACUCUGGCUGAUAGUGGUACGUAUGGAUGUGUUCUUGUGCUGACAACAAGAAACCCCAUAACAAGUAAAGUCAAACUCGUUGUAACAUCGUUGCCUAAUAUCACGUUAAAUCCUUCGUCUUCAAUCAUACGCGUAAAUGAAUCCGAAGGAUUAUUUAUCAGCUGUUCUGCGGUUGGAAUUCCUGAACCGAACGUCACAUGGCUGAGAUUGAGGGAUGGUGGCAAGUUCCGUAAGAACCAAGGCGUGGGACAUGUAACAAUUAAUCUAUCAAAUAUCACAAGAAAUGAUAGUGGAAUAUAUAAUUGCUGUGCAACUAACAACCCGAAGGAGAAUCCAACCUGUAGAAGUACAACAAUAUCUGUCCAGUACAAACCAGAAAUAGAUGUAGUCCAGUCAAAUGACACAGUUUCUUCAUAUAAUAAUGGUACAGUCACGAUAUACUGUUUGGCCAAUGGCGUGCCCUCUCCUCUGUUCACGUGGUAUGAUCCCCGUAAUCGAUCAAUAUUGACAGGAUCUCAUACUGUUACGGGUGUUGGUGUCUUGGAACUAGUAACCAUAGACGCAGGCAGCUAUGGGUUGUACAAAUGUAAAGCAGAAAAUUUACUUGGUUAUGAUGAACACAUCAUCAAUGUCACCCAAACAGGUUUGAAACAUUUAAUCCUUUUAAUGGUUCUUAUGGUUCUUUUUAUGCGAAAACAAUCUUCAAAAAGUUGUUUCGAAAACCAAGUACGUCAAAAAUUACAAAAAAAAGGUUUCUAG